CAAAAGCAGAUUGAAGACUACUUCAACUGCAAGAGACAUUGAUUUGGAUUUUGAACUGCUUGGACUUGAAGCUCAUCGGCGUAGACAACAGCUGAUGAUGGAUGACAUGUCUGGUCUUUCCUCUCCUAACUGGAAAAAAUCCAUGCCUAAUAGUCCAUCUUUUCGUGUUUCUAUGAGUGAUCACAUUGGGGAGUUAAACAGGCUUUCAGGGGUGAAGCCAUCAAACCUUGAUGAUAGCUUUGGAUCUCUUGAACAAUCAAUUUUAUCUAAAUUCCAUGGAAUCUCACUUGAUGUUGCAGGACCUCAGUUACAAUCUCCAACUGGAAUCCAAAUGCGUUCAAAUAUGAACCAGCAGCUGGGGGGCUAUUCCUCGGGCCUUUCCACCUCAAACAUGGUUGGAUCAAGAUCCUUCAGGGUUGAUCCAUCUGCUGAAGGAGCCUCGGUGGCUUUGAAUCCAAGAGAUGCUGCUUUUGCUAAGCGUAGCCAUAGCUUUAUCGAGCGAAGCAUGGUGAACCAUCAUUCUGAGGUUCCUUCUCCAAAGGUCUCUACUUUCACUAAAUGGGGCUCACCUGAUGGAAAACUUGAUUGGACCAUAAAUGGAGAUGAGCUGAAUAAGCAAUGA